GUAAAGAUUCAUUUUUUUCCACUUUAAACUCUCUCUCUCCCUCUCAAAAAUCAAAAUCUUCUUACUUCUCAUUCAUUCUUGUCACUAAAUCUUUCAUAUAUAUAUUUUUUUCAAAAAUAAUCGAGAAAUUUCUGAAGUUCAAUAAUACACGAUUCGAAAUUAUUUUUGAAUUUUGAAGGGUCAUUGAAGAAUCCACAGAUGGUUUAUUAUGGCAUUUUCUUCUCUUUCAUGUUGUUUAUGUCUUAGCCUUUAUUGUUAACCUAUUCUCCUUUCUCUUUCUAUCCUCAUUUCCUCCACCAAUCACACUUCUCUAUUGCAAUUCUUAUAAACUUUUCGAAUUCUAACGAUAUAUGUGAGUCACUUUUGCAACAAGAGAUAUAUUAACUUUAAAUUAUAAAGUUUGUGAGGUUGAAAAGUAUAUUAGGCUCACCAAUCACACUUCUCUAUUGCAAUUUUUAUAAACUUUGCGAGUUUGAGGGGUAUAUCUGAGCUAUUUUUUAACAAGGGAUAUACCAGCUCAAAAUUACAAAGUUGAGGGGUAUAUCAUAUCGUUUUCCCUUUGUUAAUUCAUUCAAAGAUGGCAGUUCAAGCUCAAUACCCAUCAAAUGUUCUCUUUCUAAAUAGAAGUGUACAAGAAGGAAAGAGCCAAAUUGGUAACAAUUAUUCAUCAUUUGUACUAGUUCAAACUCAACAACAACAACAACAAAGUGGAGUUCUUGGUGAAGAAUCAUUUCUUGAUCCUACACAAAUGCUAUUCGAUCCAGCAGUUGAGGCGAAUUCGCGAAAAAGAAGAAGAGAGCAUACCUUAGCUACUACAACAACAACAACAGAGACGAGGAGUCCAUUAAUGUCGAUCCAAUCUCAACAUCAACUUAUCAAUCUUACUCAAUGUCACAACAACAAUUCAUCGCAGCACCAGCACCAGCAACACACAAAUAUUGUAUCUACUGGCCUUCAAUUGGCUUUCGGAGAUCAAUUGCAUCAUCAUCAUCAACAACAACAUUCUGUUUCUCAUCUAUCUCUGCAUCAUCAAUCAUCAACAAUAACAGACGAUUUUCUCGCCUCUCAUAUCAAACAACAACAACAUGAAAUUGAUCAUUUCCUCCAACUCCAGGGAGAACAACUGAGGCGUACGUUAGAGGAGAAAAGGAAGCGUCACUAUCAUGCGCUGAUCGGAGCAAUGGAGGAAUCAACGGCUAGGAGGCUGAAAGAGAAGGAAACGGAGGUGGAGAAAGCAGCGCGGCGGAAUACGGAGCUGGAGGCGCGUGCAUCGCAGCUGAUCGCGGAGGCGCGUGCGUGGCAAGUAAAGGCUUGUGAACAGGAAGUGACGGCAGCGACACUGCAAGCUCAGCUACAGCAGGCGAUGGUGAACGGCGGUGGAAUGAGUCCGCUCGAGGGAGACGGUGGCGGCGGAGAGGCGGAGGAUGCUGAGUCAGUUUAUGUUGAUCCGGACCGGGUUGUUGAGUCGACCGGCCGGCCGAGUUGCAAGGGUUGUAGAAAACGGUUCGCUUCAGUUGUGCUUUUGCCUUGUAGGCAUUUGUGUCUUUGUAUAGAAUGUGAUGGUGUGGCCCAAUCUUGCCCAUUGUGUAGAUCCAUUAGAACCUCAAGUGUUGAGGUUUUUCUUUGUUAGUGGCCCAAAUAGAAAGCCCAAUUUUAGGCCCAACUCCUCAUCUCUACUCAUAGCGUCUUCAUCACCGAGUAAAUCCUCAUCAUCAUCAUCCGUAAGAUGAAAGAACCUCAUUCUAGUACCAAAGUUGGAAUAGAUAUUUGAUUCGUGAAUUAAUACUUAUCUCCAUAAUAAGUUCCUCAAGUUGAUCA